AAAGAACUAUUCGAAAUUCAUUUACGUAUUCCGGAUCCUGUGGAAGUUACCAGCUCAGUUGUGAUUUUUGAGGGUGCAAUGGUGCUUGCCGAGGGUUAUCAUCGACUUCCUAUGCUACUUAUGCUGCCAACUAAUCUGCCGGGAUCAUUCGACGGCAAAUAUGGAGCCAUCGCUUAUCGUAUCGUCGUUAAGUUUUCUCUUCGCCGUUUCCCGUCCGGAGAGGAAGCGAUGUUGGAAACGGAAAGUGAAGCUGUUGUAUGGGGUUCAACACCUAUCAACCCUUCAACGCCUUCGUUCUGUAUUCAGAGGCAUCUUCGGAAAAAGGCUCUGUGUUUCAAUCGUCUCGAUUGUAACGUGACCUUCGAACUGGACCGCUGCGCUUUCGUUGCCGGGGAACAUAUCCUCGUAACUGGUCAAGUGGUAAACAAUCAUGCCACGAGUGUAGUGAAACACGUCUCUAUCGAACUGCGUCAGAAGGUCCACUACACCAGCGGCGAAGCGAAGAAGACAGAUACACGUCUUAUAACCCGCCUUGUGUGUGGAUCUGUAGCUCCAGCUAACGUACUGCCACUUCAUCAUUCCAUUCAAAUUCCAUAUGACUGCUAUCCUUCGUUAGAGAGGCGGUCGAUCAAUAUUCAGGUCUCCUACGUCUUGCUGCUCACUUCGUUAGGUAACUUCACGGUUGAAGCUCCAAUCGUAAUUGGAACGCGUGCUGCAUGUCCUUCACCGUUGAGUAUCACUUCUGGCGAUAAGAGUAGUAGUGUUUACUACUGUACGCCACCAUCCGAACAUGACAGUGCCAAUGAUGGACCUCCACCAUACAGUACUCAUCCACAGGUUUGCUAUUUGAUUUGGCGCUUUGCUUUCAAGUAA